CCGCCUACUCCCCCCGCCAGUCCCUCUCAGGUCUCAGGCCGGCCACGCGACGACGACUUCGAUGUCCUCGAGCCACGGUGUACUGUAGGUUGCUAUGGGAAUUCCAUAUAACAGCAGGAAAGGACAAAUAUUCCAGUGAUAUUGAUGCCUGAGAUGUGACUGGCCUGAGGAGCAGAGAGUGUGAACAGUUCUUGUGGCAACUUCUAUUUCACUGUGAUGGCUACAGAUUCGGGGGAGCCAGCAGGCACCGAGGAUUCAGAGAAACCUGAUGGGGUCUCUUUGGAAAACAGAGUUCGUCCAGUGGCUGCCGCACUGACAAUGGAGAUUAGGCUGAAGGAAAAUGCCAGGGCCUUCUCUGCUUCUGGGGAAACCACCGAGAGGACCAGGGUCUUCAGGAAGAGCAUGGAGGUGAUGGACAAUGAGCCAGGCUCCAACUCCUUCCCUAAAGAACAGAGUGUCCAGGGUGCCCAAAGAAUAGCUCAGCGUGCAGCAAACGGACUGGGACGGGGACAGGAGGCUAGUAAACACGACCAGGGGUCAAAGCCAAGUCCUGAAGCCCCCAAAGACUGUUGCAAGGAGAAGAGCGAAAAGGAGAUGGAGGAAGAAGCAGAGAUGAAGGCGGUAGCAACUUCCCCUAGUGGCCGUUUCCUGAAGUUUGACAUUGAGCUGGGCCGAGGAGCCUUCAAAACAGUGUUUAAAGGGUUAGACACAGAGACCUGGGUGGAGGUCGCCUGGUGUGAGCUGCAGGACCGGAAACUGAGCAAAGCUGAGCAGCAGAGAUUCAAAGAAGAAGCUGAGAUGUUGAAGGGUCUUCAGCACCCCAAUAUAGUCCGAUUCUAUGACUCUUGGGAAUCCGUAGUGAAAGGGAAAAAGUGCAUUGUUUUAGUGACUGAGCUCAUGACAUCAGGCACUUUAAAGACGUACUUGAAGCGGUUUAAAGUCAUGAAGCCUAAAGUGUUAAGGAGCUGGUGCCGGCAGAUUUUGAAGGGUCUACAGUUCUUGCACACAAGAACGCCACCCAUCAUCCACCGGGACUUGAAGUGUGACAACAUUUUCAUCACUGGCCCAACUGGUUCAGUGAAGAUCGGGGACCUGGGCCUAGCCACCUUGAUGCGCACAUCAUUUGCCAAGAGCGUGAUUGGAACCCCAGAGUUUAUGGCUCCAGAAAUGUACGAAGAGCACUAUGAUGAGUGUGUUGACGUCUACGCUUUUGGUAUGUGUAUGCUGGAGAUGGCGACUUCCGAAUAUCCAUACUCCGAGUGCCAGAAUGCUGCUCAGAUCUACCGCAAAGUGACCAGCGGGAUCAAACCAGCUAGUUUCAACAAGGUGCCUGAUCCAGAAGUGAAGGAGAUCAUUGAAGGGUGUAUCCGCCAGAACAAACGUGAAAGGUUAUCCAUCAAGGACCUCUUAAACCAGGCAUUUUUUGCUGAAGACACAGGGCUGAGAGUGGAGUCAGCCGAGGAAGACGAUGGUUUCAAUUCUUCCUUGGCGCUGAGACUCUGGGUUGAAGACCCUAAGAAACUGAAGGGCAAGCACAAGGACAAUGAAGCUCUGGAAUUCAGUUUUAAUUUAGAAACAGAUAUCCCUGAAGAAGUGGCCUAUGAGAUGGUAAAGUCUGGCUUCUUCCACGAGAGUGAUUCCAAAGCAGUUGCCAAGUCCAUUCGAGACCGGGUCGCUUUGAUCAAGAAGACAAGGGAGAGGAAGCAGGCUGGCUUUGCAGGGGAAGAACGCCGGGAUUCCCAGUGCAAGCCUCCGCAGCACAGCGCUUCUCAGCUGGCUGGGACCGAGUGUGAAGAGACCGAGGUGGAUCAGCACGUUCGACAGCAGCUCCUUCAAAAACGACAGGCUCAGCCACAUCACUGUCCUGCCUUGGUUCUUGCUGAUGGUCUGCCUGAGGCAGGAGUUGGGGCAGUGAAGCAUUCCGAUUCUUCGAGUCAACACACCAUGGCCUACUGUCCGGAUCUGCCGGUGGUUCCUGCCAAAGCGUCUCACGUUCCCCAGGCCAAAGCCCAGCUUCCGGGGCACCUGUACCCGCCCCAGCAGCUGGUGGGACAUUACCAGCAAAUGCCAGGGGUCCAACAGCAAGCAUGCCUUGCCCAGCCCCAGAUGUUUCCACCAGUAGCUGUCCAGCAGUUCUCCCAGAGAAUGGAACCCCAACAGACCUUUGGAGCAGACAGACAGGCCUCAAAUCUACUGACUUUGCCCUCUUCCCAGCACCCUGCAGCAGGCAUCAUGCUUGAUCACAGCCCUCAGAAUGGAAGUCGGAUGGUGGGCCUGACACUGGACACUGAGCAGCCUUCGAGCUUCUUGUCAAAUCCACCCCCUGCUCAGUAUAUGACUAGCACCCAGGGUGUUCUCAGGGCAGCCCAGCAACUCCCAGGCUCUCUGGCUCGCCAUCCGGGAGCACAACUCACUGCCCCCCAGCUGCCUUUAGUGUCCCAAGCAUACUCGGUGGUCCAGCAGGAUUCUGGCCCUCUCUGUGCAGGGCCGAAGCCUCACUACUACCCGAUGCCUUGCCCACUCCCCCCAGUGGCUCUGCUGAUGAAGGCUGUGCAGCCAACCCAAGAUGCUGGACUCCAGGAGUCUGAUGCUCAGGGCGUCAUGCAGCAGCCAGAAGGUGAGGGGAGAGGAGGCCUGAUUUCGCUGGGUGAACAACAGCGCAUCUUUGUGGUGAAGUCAUCUGAGCAGCUGCCUUUCCCCAGCUAUCCUGUGCAGCCUUCUUGUUUGAUUCCAGCUCCAGAGCCUGUGCCACCCCAGGCUUACACUAUCCCCCCACCUGCAGUGCGCUCCCUCUAUUCAGCUUCACUUCCUGGACAGCCUGCAGCAUAUCAUGCCCAGCCUUCUUACCUGGAGAAGCCAGCAUAUGUCAUUCAAGGGACUUACACUGGGCAGCCUGCAGAUCAGCCUCUUUACCCUGUCCUAGCCCCUGAGCCUUCUUCAUAUGCAGGGCAAGCAACUUCCUCCCUACAGGCCCCGGACCGGGUGACAUACUUGGGCCACCAGGUGCACUCAGCCAGCUCUAACCCUGAGCAGCAAGCUCCAGAUGAACAGCAGUCAUAUGGCAUGCCGGCCUCAGAGCCCCAGGUGUGUCUAGGCCAGCCACCAGCCGUUCCUUUGGCUGUUCCGAAGGUGGAUGUCAGUUUGGGGAAUGAACAGCUCCGAGGUCCGCCUCCUUCACCAGCCAUCGGCGCUCCGAGGGCCGGGGAAGGCCAAUCACGUCCCUUCCCAAAGCAGCCUCUUCGCCUGAGUCCUUUUUCAGAGUCCACAUUCACUCCACAUCAGCAGGUAGUUCACUCUUCUCAUCUACCAGCAGUGCCGCCCCAUGAGCUACUGACUCCUGAAGUUUCUCAGAGUCAGCAGCAAGUCUCCUAUGGCCAACCUGGCACCUUCCAGCAGCCGGCCCCCAGCCAGACCCAGCAAGCACCAGCUCUAGUCCCCCACUUGGCCACUGAGUGCAGUCAGAUUCUGCCUUGCCAGAAGCAGCAGCCGCAGUGGCAGCCGCCGUUGAGCCCAGUGCCCGUCCCUGGGCCAUUGGAAUUGCAGCAGCAGCAGCAGGUGGCUCUUUACCAGACUUCAGGGGCAGCGCGUCCCAAACAGCCACCCCUGACUAGUCCAGCACAGGCCUCACUUCCCGCCCAGGGCAUUCCUGUCUUGCAGGCCCAGCCACAGCAUCAGGCUUUAAAAGGCCAAAAUGUUCCAAAGAGCGCACAGCCUGGAUCCCAGCCACCAGUAGGAGACCUACAAACAGCCCUUUCAAAGGCAGAUUUAGUCCGAAGCACUGGUGCUGAUGGAGCAGCAUUGAAGGAUGGGACUGGUGGGUUUGAGAACCUUGCUGGCAAUGGGAAACAGGAUCGGAUGAAGCAGAGGAGGGCAUCGUGUCCUCGGCCGGAGAAGGGGCCCAGAUUUCAACUGACUGUCCUCCAGGUUUCAAUGUUCGGCGACAACAUGGUGGAGUGUCAGCUGGAGACUCAUAAUAACAAGAUGGUCACUUUCAAAUUUGAUGUGGAUGGAGAUGCUCCCGAGGACAUCGCCAACUACAUGGUUGAAGAUAACUUUGUGCUAGAGUGUGAGAAGGGGAAGUUUGUGGAAGAAUUGCAGGUGGUUGUAUGCCGUGCCCAGGAGAUCCUUUGCACCCUCCCUGGUGGGGAGUCGGCUUCAUCAGAAUCCAGCAGCUGUCAAACAGGAUCAGUCGAACAAGCACAGAUGAAUUCUGCGCUCGCUCAAGGCUGCACUGACUCUGCUCCUCAGUCCUCCCCAGUUGGUCGCUGGAGGUUCUGUAUCAAUCAGACCACACGCAAUCGUGAGCCCCUGAGCCUUCCUGAGUCACAACUCUUUGCUGAUUUGGGGAAUACUAGCAACAAAAAACUCUCCGCGCAGGACACGCUUCUCAUUGUGGCCAGCAGCCCACCCCAGGGUGAGCUUUUGGCACCCACACCAGAGCCCAAGGAUUCAGCAGAUGGUAAGACUUCUGAAUGUGCUGGUCCUGAAACUGAACAGCUAGCCCGUCCUCAUCAGGCGGAAGAGAGCAAGAUGCCAGUGGUCCAUUCUGCAGGGAGUUCACAGGGCCCCGCUGUUUCAGUACAUCCUGCUUACAUUGAGUUUGGGGAGUCCAUCAGCCGAGUCCCUGGCACACGUCUACCUGCGUAUCCAGGACGCCAAGCUGAGGAGCACCUGACUUUAGGUGUUUCCCACCCUGGAGAGUCAACUGCAUUCGCCGAGAGCUCAGUUCCACUACAGGUGUGUGUGUCUGAGCCAAGCCCUCAGUCCUCCUCAGUGCAGUGGCCACCUGGGUGUGGCACCUUGGCCUCUCAAGAGGGGGCAGCUGCCAUGUGCAUGGAGGCUGCUUCUGCCCCUCAGUUGGUAACACUUGCUCAGAGCCCAGGCCUUGAUCCAACCCCUCUUCAUUCCUCCUCGGUGCCUGAGGGAGAUGGUGAAAGACCUCCAAAAUUAGAAUUUGUAGACAACCGCAUUAAAACCUUGGAUGAAAAAUUAAGAAACUUGCUGUAUCAAGAGCACAGCACAUCUGGUCUCUGCCCCGAGAGUCAGAAGGACGCCACAAACCUAGAGUCUCCAUUUUCCUCUUCCUCCUCGGCCGAGGAGACGCUCUGUGGCCCUGGGCCCGAAGUUCUGGGUGUGGGGUAUCGCCGGAGCCAGGGCAGCCUUGCACAGCGGGCCAGUGCACAGCAGGCCAAGUCUGAGCUUCUGUCUCUCCCUGCUGUGGCUCAGCCUGCUCAUGUAGCCGUGCUCAAAAGGGAGCCAGUCAGUGUGACCACCUCGGUAUCCAGUGAGUUGGGUUUGCAUGAGAUGCCCCCUGAUGCCUACCCAGAGGACCCUGAAGCCUACCCUGCUUCCAUGUUGAGUGGUGGUGGCGGCGGCGGCGGCGGCAGCUGUAACAGCAGCAGCACCCUCCAUCUGCACACAGGAGAGGAGAUGGAGAUGAGGUCCAAAGUUGCUUCAGCCCCACCACCUCAGGCAGGAGAAUCUGCAUUUCUCAAUAAGUGCAUAGCAGCUGGCGCAUUUCAGCGGGGCAGGUUCCAGCAGGUGAAUACAGUUGCUUUUUGUGUCAAAGACUGUGUGCCCACAACCAAACAGGUCCUGACCAGUCCUAACGAAGAUGGUGGAAAGGAGACUUGGCUUCCUUCGGCCGCUCUCCCUGAACCUUACAAAGGCAACCAAGGCUUGAAAGAGGGGGAAAACCUUUUGUCUGUCGGCGCGGCGUGUGACACUGAUCCAGCCUCUGCUACUGAGAGUAGUGCACAGUCUGGGCCUGAGCCCGCCAGGGGAGCUGUUUGGACCCAGCUGAGCUCAGAGAGUGAGUCUUCUGCUCCUCUUGGCCCCUCAGAAGAGUUGGCGGGAAGUCCCAGUGAAGAGAACGGCUAUCGCUUACCAGUCCAAGAAGAACUGCCCUGUGUUCAGCCCCAGAGUGCACUUUUCUAUUCUCCGUCCUCCCCGAUGAGUAGUGAUGAUGAAUCUGAAAUUGAAGAUGAGGAUUUGAAAGUGGAACUUCAGAAAUUACGGGAAAAACACAUUCAGGAGGUCGUGAACCUUCAAGCCCAGCAAAAUCGGGAACUCCAGGAGCUCUACAGUCGCCUCCGGCCCAUUAAAGACAGCAAAUCAGAAUCAUCCGAGCUGCCUCUGCAGCCUGCAUCCCCUCGCCGCCCGAGGUCCUUCAAAACUAAACUCCGAAGCCGCCCUCAGUCCUUGACCCACGUGGACAAUGGUAUUGUUGUUGCUACAGAUCCACUGUGUAUGGUGAACAGCGCAACGUCUUGUCAGCAGUCACCGGCCAGCAAGAAAGGCAUGUUCACCGAUGACUUGCACAAGCUGGUGGAUGAUUGGACGAAGGAAACUGUGGGAAAUGCUCUCAUUAAGCCGAGCCUGAACCAGCUCAAACAGAAUCAGCACAGAUUGGAGACGGACAACUGGAACAAGGGCUAUGAGUGUUCGUCACAUUUUCAGAUCCCUGAAAAUCUCUUCUCCUCCACUGGCUUGAAGGCAGUGUGCCUUGGCGUGAUGGUAUAUGUAAUGCAGCCAUUCAGAAGCAGUGCUCUUUUGACCAGGAAGACUUCCUGCAAGCCACAGCCCCACAUUUCCUUUCCUGAAUUGACUGUAGAAUUGGUCUCAGACCUGCAGCCUCUGAAGGACCAGUCCAUGCUCUCAAACGCCACAGGCCCUGAGGGGGGACGACCAUCGCCACCUCUGGUUCGCGUAGAGAAUUCAUCAUUCUUAUUUGCCUGCAGACUUUUGGCAGUGCCUUGUGAUAAUUAGAAUCUUUUCAGGUUUUUACUGGAAAGGAGAUUUGUUUGAAGAAUUUGGAGAAUGUCCUGCUGUCUCCAUGGUGAACACAGCAGCUAGGGAUGACUUGAUAGAGAGAGAUGUAUGAGUGUAUCUCUCUAUAUAAACACAUGCCUAAAACAGUGAGUCUGUAUCAAGUUGAAGAAAACUGUUCUUUACAUCACUGUUUUUAUUUAAUUCAUUUUUUUCAUUCCUUAAAAAGAUUUCCUUCAGAUUAUAGGCACUUUGUAUAUACUGGCUAGUUUUCUACUUGAGGAUUUUGCAUUAUUUCGUAAUUUUGCUAAAUCAGAUAAAAGUGCCGUUUUCACCUUUUCUGAGGUAUGUGAAACUCCACUCUCCCCUCUCCCCCCACCCCAAAAAAAAAAGAAAAAAGAAAAUUAACUUCAAGUCAAGCUGAUAAAGAAAAAUUAUCAGUGUAUCCAAGAGACUGCUCUGGCAGGAGGCACUGUCCUGUCCCUGGUGAGCAUCUCGUCUGUUUCCAAACUCUCCACACACAUCCCCCCUCAACACAGCUGACAGUCUUCACGAAGAUUCCUCUUGAGAAGAAAGUGUGUUAUAUGUCAAACCAUCAUGUGUACUUUGAAGUGCAAGUCCAAUGCAUAGUACCGUAUCUUCGUACCUAAAUGUGUGAGCUGCUGUAUCAUGGAAUGUCUGCCACUGUGUCAAGUCGGGUGACACACCUCGAGAGUAGGAAACCAGCUAGUAGCAUAAAGCUGAGGAAAAGAACACUUGGUAUUUCAAAGAAUUUGCUGUAAUGUGACAAAUGGCUGUUCCGUUCUUCACCCCUUGCCAAUUUUAUAUCGAGCAUGAAUUCUGAUGAUUUGACAGCAAGAAAAAAAAAAGUCUGACAGUUGAAAAGGCCCUUUUCUGCUAUGAUUUCUAGAUUGAGUGUGGCUGGAGGUGCACGGUCUGAUGGAAUGGAUCGUUUUUGUAACUCCAGUUUGGUUGUAGUCCAGUUACUUUUCUUUAUCUACCUCGUUUUCAGUGCUGUUUGAGGUGCACAAGUUGACGCUGUUGCCUGUGAACUUUUAUUUUGGGGGUGGGGGGAUGCUUGAUUUUCAGUGUUUCAGCCUGGUGGAUCCCCUCAUCCCAAAGCUGUGAGCUUGGGAUGGGGCAGGGAUAGCCCGCUCUCCCCAUCGGCAGCCUCUUUUCAAGUCAAAUGGUGCAAACUGUGCAUCUCAGUUGAAAUAAGCUUUGGGGAUUUGGAGACACGUGAUAUGGAGGAAAGGAACCAUGCAACUUGAUUUGUGGUGAUGAAUCCCAUGGAAAUGAGUUGAAAAAGCAGUACCCGGGAAAAUGUUGCGAAUCAGACAAUCCCAUGCCUCCCCUUCACUGUAUGCCUAGCUUUUCCUGCAACAGGAGAACAUUGGAAAAUCGACCCCAUGCUGGCCUGAUGUUCACCAUGUUACCAAACACCAACGUUUGGAGGGCUGUCUCUGGGUGCUUCAAAAUGAUUCAAUUAUAUUUGAUUUCAGGUUUGAUUUGGGAAAACCCAGGAAGUAAUUGUCAGCCACCUUGGCCUUGGUUUUCAGUGUUUCCCCAGCCACAUCACUGGAUAGACAUUGCAGAGAUACAUUGACCAACAGUUUUCUAUUUCCUUGUUCAGAGGAAGUGGAAUAUUUGGGGGUAAAGGGUGCCGGCUGGUUUCCUAUAAGGGCCUUCCAUAAUUUUGAUUGCCUUUCUCCUCCCUUACUCUCCCCCCUUAUUCAGUAGAUGAGCUCCGGGGAGGGAAUGAAGCCAACCACCAUUGGCAUGUGCACAGCCCUGAUUUAGCAUGGGAAGAAGAGGGGUGAGCUGGUAGACAAAGGCGAAUGUGAAGCUAGGAAUAUGAAAGAGAUAGCCUUGAACCCCCAAAUCUAGACCCUAGAGAAAGAAUGGGCCAUUUGGGUUUGGGAGGUGCUUUGGUGGCCUUUCUGAUGAGUAGGAGCCAUUGGGCAGGGUUGGGCCAGAGUGGGCAGUGAGGUGACACUUGUGCCCUGUCGUCCCGUCCCAUCCCCGUCCCCCCCGCCGAGCGCAGACGGAAGCUGGCAGCUGUCUUGGGGGAAAGCCAAAGGAGAGAAUGGAGAGGGGCCCCCUUGCCCGAGGGAUGCUCGCUGCCUCGUGAGCCUUUCUCAGCCGAAGCCAUGGGCCCUACUGAAUGAAGGUGCCUUUUUUCUUCGUAGGGGCUCCUUAGGCAGCGUCUGCGUGUGCGGGGACCUCCCGCAGAUCAGGUUGGGGGGGGGCUUUUUGCUGCCCUCCCCCCCCAAAACGCAGAAGCGUCUUGGCCUCGUGGGGUUGGGCGGGCGGCCUCCCACUCCCCCACCGGGAUCUGUCUCGCUUCUGGAAAACUGUGACCUUUGUUUUAUUUGUACUCGACCAUGACAAAUGUUAUCUUUGGGGGGAAUUUUUAUUUGGAAAAGGAAAAUAAAGGCUGUGUUCAUGGA